UGAAAUAUACCCCUCAUCACCAAAAUGGCCGCCCCCGCAGAAGUCACUAUCAAGAACCUCAGCGGAGAAUGGACAAUGAACAAAUCCUUGUCCAACCCCACCGAUGCGAUUCUAGCCCUGCAAGGAAUGAGCUGGCUCACCCGUAAAGCCCUCAACCUCGCCACGAUCACUCUACACAUUGACACCUACCCCGACCCUGAGGAUUCCACCAUCACCCACAUCAACAUCGACCAAACCCUGACCGGAGGCAUUAAGGGCACCAGCGAGCACCGCAUCAGCGACGGCCAAAAGCGCGAACACACCGACCACAUCUUCGGCCAUGUUCAGGGCCAGUCGCGCUAUUUCCGCGGCAGUAGCAGCAGUGACGGAAAAGUCCGCCCCAACUUCGCGUUCCUAACCAAGAGCGAUGACCCCAAAGUGGCCCAGUUCCUGAACGGCGAGAUCCUGGCAGACGGCAAACCCGCGGAGGGUUUCGUGGUGGAGAACGGCCUAGGUGAGGAGCUUGGUGAGGGUGAGGGCUUGUGGUUUGGAAGUUUUGUGGAGAGUCUGGAUAAUGGAUGGACCGCGGAACAGAUCUGGGGCUUUGAGAUGAUCGAUGGGCAACGAUACUACACGCGCCGCGUGGUCGUUGCAAAGGAGGCCAAGUACGAGUUGGCCAGAUUCGUAUACAGCUAUGCUGGUCCGAGGAAUGAGUGAUUUAAUCCUUCAAAGCAAAGGGCGCCUUAUCAUGGGUUGGCGGGUGGUUUCUCGGUAGCAGUCGCUGUCCCCUAUUAUCUCUUCGAUGGCGGGUCUGCUUUGAAGUAUUUUUAGCUUCACGCUCAGUCAGUGUCCGAGCUUGGGGUCCCAGUCUCCUCUCUAGAAACAGUUCAGUAUAGACCUGGUUCAAUUUUAUUC